AUGGGGAAAAAAAAAACCAAUAUAAAUAAACCUCAAACGAAUCCUUAUAAUAAAGAAUUUACAAAGAAUACCAAAAGCCAAAAAGCCCCAGAAAGAAUAACUAAAGAAACUAUGGAUCAAAAACCCAAUGAAGACAAAACAGAAGAAACUGCUGGAAAUAAAUGGGUUAAAAUUGAAAAGAAAACUCAUUACAAAGCUUCUAUAGAAAUAAACAACUUGAACACAAAAAAUAUUAGUGGAAAAUGUCGUCUGGUAGAAAACAAAUUAUCAGAAUUAGGUAAAGAAUUUCUUGGUAUCAAAUUGAGUACUAACAAUGGAAAACAGUAUAUUAUGGCAUCCUUUAGUAGUGAAGAUACCAGAAACAAAGCAUGCAAGGUAACACUUGAGGAAGGCAAUGAAUACAAAUUAGAAACUAACAUUGAUACAAUAACCAACCAAAAAAAAAUGAUUAGACUGACAUGCAUCCCUCUAAAUAUAACUAGAAAGGUAAUUGAAAAAACAGUAGAACAAGAAUUGGGAACAAUUAUUAAAAUCAAAACAAGAACAUCAGGCCCAUGGAGAAUAGCCGAUGUAGAAUUAAAAGAAGAAUUGGAUGAAAAUACAAUCUUAAACCAAUGGUCAAUAAGGAUUCAAAAAGAUGAUGUUAAAAUGAUACCUCAUGCUAUAAAUAAAGAACAAAUCCAAACUAGAGAAAAUUUUACAAUGAAAUUAACAAACCUGCCCUUUGGCACCACAACGUAUGAUUUGGAGGAUAUAUCCAAAGCAACUAAUGCUAAAAUGGUAAUUAUCCCAAGAACAAAUGUAAGAUAUGUUCGUAAAAGAUUUGCAAUUUUUUACUAUGACUCAGAAGAAGUGAAAAAUCAAGCAGUAACCACUUCAUUUACAAUUGGAAAUAACGAAUUGGAAUGGGCAGGAGCAAAUGCACGUACAUGUCAUUUGUGUGGUUCAACAAACCACCUUGUGGUGGACUGCUACAUAAAACAAAAAAGAGAUGCUGCACGUGAAAAAGAUCAAAGAUUUAUAAAUGCUUAUAAGAAAUAUGGAAUACAAAAAUCAACAUUCAAAAGUCAACCAAAUAAACCUGGAAGAACUUUUGCUGAAAUAGUCAAAACGCAAAACAACACAAUCAAAAAAAAUCCCCCAAGUGAUAUAAUUUUUAAUAAAUUAUCAACACAACAACCUGAAUUGGACCUUGCUUCCUUCAAAAAAUUUAUCAUACAAGAAUUAAACACAAUCAAACAAGACAUUAAGAAGAUACAACAACAGAUAAACACAAUUUGUGGAGAAGAGGAUGAAAAUAAUACUGUUGAUAACAGUGAGUAUGGUGAAGAUGAAGGGUUUUUGGACAAUUCAUCACACACAGAUAAUAAAACUAAAUUUAAUAAUAUUAUGGAGAACAAUGAAAAAAACGAAAUAAUUAAUGAUAUAAAAACUCCAAAAGAUACAAAUAACCAAGUUAAAAACAUUCUAACACCAGGCAACAAAAAAUUCACAAACAGCUACAAAAGACCUCAUCCUGAUACAUCUGGUGAAGACAUACCUGUAAUUAAAAAACAGCUGGUAAACAACAUACAAGAAAAACAAAUGAUAUUGGAAAACAAAUUGGAUUUUAUAGUUAACCAAAUAAGUAACUUCAGUACCAAUCUCAAUUCAGAAAAACAAAACAACAAUAUGGCAACAACAUCUCAGCCUCCUGAAUAUGA